AUCUUCUUAAAAUUUUUUGUUGUGCUUAUUUUGUUCUUUUACCUUUUCAUGAACAUCACAAGUUAGAGCCUCGAGCUCAACUUUGUUGUUUUCUGGUGUAUGGGCUAUAACAUAAAGGUUAUCGUUGUUGGGAUCCAAUAUCACAAAAACUCUACUAAUAAGACUCUUGUUGGAUGCAAGUGGGUAUACAAGAUCAAAACUCAUUCUGAUGGAUCUGUGGAGCUCUAUAAGGCACGUCUGGUGGCACAGGAUUUUAUGCAAGAAUAUGGCAUUAACUAUGAGGAGACCUUUGCUCUUGUUGCUCGUCUUACCACAAUACAUAGUUUACUAACUAUUGUUGCUAUAUGUAAAUGGAAGCUGUUUCAAAUGGAUGUGAAGAAUGCCUUUCUUAAUGGUGAUUUGGAAGAGGAGGUUUAUAUGAAACCGCCUCUUGGACUUACUCCUCCUUCGAAUAAGGUAUGUCGAUUGCGACGAGCCAUGUAUGGUUUAAAGCAGUCUCCUCGAGCUUGGUUUCCAAAAUUCAGUUCUACUGUAAGUGAGUUUGGUUUCACGUCUAGUCCACAUGAUACGGCUUUAUUUGUCCAUAAAUCUGCUCAAGGAACGGUUCUCUUACUCAUAUAUGUUGAUGAUAUGAUUAUCACUGGAGAUGAUGUUUCAGGGACUGAUGAGCUUAAGUAGUUUCUCAGCCACAAAUUUGAGAUGAAAGACCUUGGCUCUUUGAGUUAUUUUUUGGGACUUGAAGUUACAUCCUCAAAUGAUGGUUAUCUUCUCUCUCAAAUGAAAUAUGCAUCAGAUC